GAAUGUGAAGGCACAUUUUAUGGGAAUUAUUUUAACAUGGUAAAAAGGGAAAAGAAUCAGAUGAACAGGCUGUCUAGUUCUUGUGAACAAAUGUGACUGACGACAACACUCUUUGUCCUUUUGGCUCUUUCUCUCUCUCUUCCACCAGCAAACCAUUACUCCUCUCUCUCCUCCGUGACUCCAUUGCUGCAAACACUCAUUCCUCGAUUCAAUUCUCCCCUUUCGCUCAAAACCCAUCACAAAGUCUCAAUCUUUACUUCAAACCCAACACAAAGUUUCAAUCUUUACAAUUCUUGGAGUCUUCACGGCGUGUUUGUACUGAGUCACACGGCUCUGACUCGCCCCUGGGGAAGAAGAAGAAGAAACCCAAGAAUGGGGUUUCUCUGUACUCUCCAGGUGCUUCUCUUUCUCCACCUCAUUCAACAACUCUCUGCGACCAAUGUGACAACUUCUUCUCUUAACGCUCUUCUUCAAGAUUACUCCUUUAGAGCCUUUGUUAAUCCUCGUACCGGCAUUAUCUACGACGCCACCACCGUUCCUUCCAAUCUAACCGGGAUCAAACUCGCCGCCGUCAGACUCAGAAGCGGAAGCUUGAGAAAACACGGAGUACCUUCCCUCAAAGAGUUCUCGAUUCCGACAGGUGUGGUAGUGAAGCCGUACGUGACAAGACUCGUUCUUGUUUAUCAGAACUUAGCUAACUACUCUCACUUGUAUUACCCUCUGUCUGGUUACGACUACGUCGCUCCUGUUUUGGGACUUCUCGCUUACGACGCUAAGAAUCUCUCCGUCGUUAACUUACCGGAGCUUGAGUUAACGGCGUUAAAUGAUCCCAUUAGGAUUGGUUUCUCUGAUCUUGAACGUAUCCCGCAAGGGUCUAGUGCUAAGUGUGUUAGUUUUGAUUCACGAGGUAAAGCGAGUUUUAAGGAUUCUGUUCAGCCUGGGAACACGUGUGAGACUGAUCGUCAGGGGCAUUUCUCUGUGGUGGUGAAGUCUGUGGCGUCUGCUCCGUCUCCAGAGAGUGAAGGAAGGACAAAGAAGAAGAAGGAGGGCGAUGAGGACAGUUCAAGGACUUGGAUCAUUGUUGGAUCAGUGAUUGGUGGGUUGAUAGUGUUGGGGAUUUUGCUGUUUCUUGUUUUGCGGUGUCAGAGUUACAAGAAGGAGGAGAAGAUUAGGGAGAUGGAGAGAGCUGGAGAGACAGGGGAAGCUCUUAGGAUGACUCAGGUUGGAGAGACAAGAGCACCGACAGCUACUACUACUCGUACACAACCUAUGCUUGAAACUGAAUACGCAGCUUAGAAAGAAAACUUUUGUGUACAUCACUUAGCUUCAGCUUUGAUCCAUCUGUUACUGUCUUCUGGUAAAGUGUUUUUCUGAUUAUUUUUUUUGCGUUGUGGUUAGCAAGUUGAUACGUACAUUCUUCUUGAUUUAAGGAGUGAUUUAAGGAAAUAAGUAACUUUGGUGAAAGAUGUGGAUUGUUUCUGGAACACACUCGCAUUGUUUGCUUUCUAACUACUUUUUGUGUAAAGCUGUUAUCUCUUUUGUAAUAAUGUUAACAUUUUUGUCUGCCAAGCAGACAGCUUAAGAGGAUGAUGCUCCAUUCUCAACUUUGAGAUUCAAGUGUUUUGUUGUUGUAGCUAGGAGCUUCAUGCAACUCGUUCAUCCUAACUAGGUCAUCUAUUAGAA